UGCCAACGUCGUUGCCCAUGAGCCAGCACGAAGCGUGUGAUGAUCGCCUUGUCAUCUGCAGUCCCAUGGCGGACGAGGAGCCGGCGCGCGUGGACGUGGAUACUGCUGCCAUCUUUGCCAGUCUCUACCGCGAGCAUGGCUGUACCAUCGCCAAGGCCAUCUCUCGGGCGGAACGCGAGGCCAAUGGGUAUCCGUCAACGACGCUCACGUACGGUGAGAUCGAUUUCGAGCCCUUUCGCUCGCUGUUGGAGCUGCUGAAGACCAACCACGACGUCUUGACCAAGCCCGGGGGCACGUUUCUCGAUGUGGGCUGCGGCACGGGGCGACCGCUCUUUGCAGCCGCCCUUCUGCACGACUUUGACGCAGUCGUCGGGUAUGAGAUCCUCGCCACCCUCGCGUCGACGGCGCAGACGAUCCAUGGUCUCUGGCAGCACGAGAAGAAGGCGCUCAACGCGCUCAAGAAGCGGACGCGCUUUGUGAUUGGCCACGAGGACGCGACGCAGGUCGAGUGGCCAAUCGCCGACGUCAUCUUCUGCAACGCCACGUGCUUUGACGAGCGUCUCAUGCUCUUGCUCACCAAGCAAGCGCUCUUGUACCUCAAGAAGGGCGGGGUCAUAAUGACUGCGACCAAGCAACUCUGCCUCGACGACGACCACGCCCCCGUGCUCGGCCUCGUCCAGAAAUUCAAGAUGCAGCAAAGCUGGGGCAUGUCAACCGUGUACAUUUACAAACGCGUCGGGUAGCCUUGCCCAUUGGAUGCGAAUGGGCUUAAAAGUCGUCGUCGUCAUCGUCUUCUUCGUCCG